AUGGACUCUUCAGUAGAUACUGAGCUCUAUGAGCUCCUCGGCGUUGAGAAGUCGGCGACUCCGGACCAGAUCAAAAAAGCGUACCGCAAACUCGCCCUCCAACACCAUCCCGACAAGGUCCCCGAGGAACAGCGUGAAGAAUCCGAGGCCACUUUCAAAGCCGUGACGCAGGCCUACGAAAUCCUCCGCGAUGAGCAGAAGCGUGAGAUGUAUGACAGACACGGCAUGGCCGCUUUUGACCCGAGCCGGGGCGGUGGCAUGGGUGAAGAGGUCGACAUCAACGACAUCCUCUCUCAAAUGUUCGGCAUGGGCAUGGGAGGCAUGGGCGGCAUGCCAGGAAUGGGCGGUAUGGGAGGUGGCGGUGGCCCAAGACGCCCCAGGCGUGGACCUGACGAAGAGUCGCGGUACAAUGUCACGCUCGAAGACCUCUACAAGGGCAAGACUGUGAAGUUCGCUGCCAACAAGGCGACCAUUUGCAGCAGCUGCAAGGGUUCUGGUGGCAAGGACAAGGUCAAGCCUCAGACCUGCGAUCGCUGCAAGGGCAAUGGUCAUGUCGAGGUGUUCCGCCAGAUGGGGCCGGGACUUGUGCACCGGGACAUGGCCAAGUGCGACCGGUGCGACGGUGCCGGCACAUACUACAAGGAGAAGGAUCGCUGCAAGAAGUGCAAGGGCAAGCGGACCGUCUCGGAGACCAAACCCCUCGAGAUCUACAUUCCCAGAGGCUCGAAGCAGGGCGAGAGGAUCGUCCUUGAGGGCGAGGCCGACCAGUUCCCCGAUCAGACUCCAGGUGACUUGGUUUUCGUCCUUGUCGAGGAACCACACGAUAUUUUCAACAGGAUCGGCAAUGAUCUGUCUGCCGACCUCGAGAUCACCCUUGCAGAGGCCCUGACUGGGUUUUCCCGGGUUGUUCUAACACACCUGGACGGUCGUGGCAUUCACAUCACACAUCCCAGAGGCAAGAUCCUGCGACCCGGACAGACGCUCAAGGUUGCUGGCGAGGGUAUGCCCCAGAAGCGUGGCGAGGAGAAGGGUGACCUGUACUUGAUCGUCAAGAUCGACUUCCCAGAGGAUGGUUGGCUUAAAGACGACGCGGACUAUGCGGCACUGCAAAAGCUGUUGCCUGGUCCUCCUCCGGAAAUCAAGGCUGAGGAGGUCGACGAGGUCGACUAUGAUGCUGAUGCAGAUAUUGAUGAGAUGGGCGCAAAUCAAGGCGACCCCCGUUACGGCGACGGCUGGGAGGACGAUGACGAUGAAGAUGGCCCGGGGCAGGCGCAGUGCGCUCAACAGUAA